AUGUCAGCGACAAGACACGACGAGCAAGAAUCGGCAUCACAACCCCUUCUCCCCUCGGCCCACGACGACCACCUCACCUCCGAACCCGUCACACCGCUCGACAUGGUUCGAAGCGAAAACCUCUCUCGUCAUGCAUUCGGCAUCCAGGCCGCAGCCUUGCUCUUCGUUGCCGUUGUCUGGAGUAUCGUCCUCACCACGAUGCCCAUCACCUCUCUGCCCCUAUUCGGCUACCAUCCACUGAUCCAAUCUUUCGCCAUCCUGCUUCUAUUACAAGCGAUCAUCGUCUUGCAACGCACCACUCCCUCUCAACCGUCCGCCAAAGCAUCGGCCUUCACGGCGCACCAGUACAUCAACCUCCUCCUCGUGCUGCCGCUCUUCACGGCAGGUGCGAGCAUCAUGUGGUACCUGCACGACCAACCCAAUUCCGCACACUUUAUUUCGUACCAUGGAAUUCUGGGCACGACGGUGGUGUGUGCUGCUUGGGUUCAGGCGGCGUUGGGUGCGGCGAGCGUCUGGUGGAAGGGCAAGCUGGUCGGGGGUGAGAGUAAGGGUAAGAAGUUGUGGAAGUGGCACAGGUUGUCCGGGUAUGUGUUGGUAGGGCUGUUCCUGCUGACAGCAGCGUUGGGGGUGGUAGAGACGACGUGGGGGAAGGGAAAGUCAGGGGGGUUGCAGAAGGGGAUCGUCGUGGUAGCAUUGGGUUUGGCAGGCUUGGCUUUGGUGGUGAGGUUGCAGAGGAGCAAGUUGCCAAAGCUUUGA